AAAAAACGAGCCGCAGAAGAACGUCUGCUUUGUUUACAUCAGGAGGAGGUGGCAGAAUUGAGCCUGUCCUGUCAGUAUGGCUCAGACUUUCAGUGUAUGACCUACUACAACUUAGACAUCAACUGAGCAGGAGCCAUGGGCGUAUUAACUGGUCUUUCUGUGCUGUUCUGGGUGUUGUUUUGCCCGCUGGUGUCCGGUGAACAGGUUGCAUUCGUAGAGGUGUUUCUGGAAGAUCAUCAGGAUGUUUUACAGGGUGAGGUGGUCCAAGGCAGUCUGGAGAAAGACCCCAUGGAAAACCACAACAAAAAGAAACAUGACCUCAACGGAGACCUCGUAUUAAUAAAAGAUGAAGCUCUUGAAACUAAUAGUGAAAACAGUGAUGGGCAGGAUCAGAACCCCUGGAUAGGAGUGGUACCUGUCCAAAUGGAGGAAGGCACAGUUUCUAGUAACAGCAACCAGGAGUCUUUUGCUGCCUCCAUGGUUAAUAAGAUGAAGCGUGCUCUUGUUUUUGGUGCAUCUGCUUUGAUCAUACUGGCCUUAAACCAAAAUACUGUCCGAGAGAUGGAUCUCUCUCAGGUCCUCUCUAAGCCGAUUAUUGUUAUUCAGACAUCAGAAAAUGUCACCAAGCUCAUUGGAGCACUACUCAGGGGCCUUCAUGCAACUGCAAAAAUCACUUACAAAACUUUUCUACAGGAUAGCCUGGGGGCCACCCUGACCCUUUGGUCCAGCUGUGGGCGAUCAAGAAGUGGGCUAUAUGGAGAGUGGCAGGGGGUCAUUUGCACCGGGGAGAACAACUCUCAGGUUCAAAAAUACCUCCAGCAGCUGUGGAACACUGUCGUUCUGGUGGCCCUCGUCCUCUCCACAGGUGUCAUAGUUCAAGCACGCUGGCAGUACCAGGACAACCAGUUUAAUGAUGAUUCAGAGUCACACCUCAAGCAGGACAUUUUAAAAAGAUUAUCAGCACUGAAAACCAGGACGUACCGGCAGCCUAAAGUGAGGUGUGACCCAACACUGACUCAGCCUGUGGAGACAGACAAUUGUGCUGUUUGUCUGGAGCAGUACAACAACAACCAGUGUUUGAGGGUGUUGCCGUGCCUCCAUGAGUUCCACAGAGAUUGUGUGGAUCCCUGGCUACUCCUGCAGCAAACCUGUCCUCUCUGCAAACGCAGUGUGCUUGGAUGUUCCAAGCUUCUUGGAGAACUUUUUCCUCUAUCUAUUUAAUCUCAGUUGCUUCUGUCUCUUCAAGUAAUCCCAGACUGACUCAGUGAUGUUGAGAUCCGGGCUUUGUGGGGGCCAUACCAUCUGUUGUCGGGCUCCUUGUUCUUCUAUUCAAUUCUAUUUGCAAAGGGAAUGUGGAAAUCUAAAACUGAUAUUUCCUACUGCUACACUGAAAGCAGAAUAUCUUUCUCUUACUCCCAGGUAAUUUUUACUGAGCUGCACCUGGAUGGAUUCUGGACUAGGGAUUAGUGGAAUUGAGUGGUUCAGAUGUUUCAUGGCAACUUUAACCCUCCUUUGUACUGUAAGGUCAGGAUGCCUCCAUGGUGAUGAUCUUUGACCUCUCUGAAGACUAUUAACCUUGACUUAUAAAAUUACUCCAAAAGACAGGACUAGACCCUGGUCUGAGAAGUUCUUUGAAGGUAGGUCCUUGUAUAUUGGAUCAGAUUUUUUCUCCACAGUAUAGUUACAUUUGUUCAACCAGCUCUGCAAUUCUCUGAUCCGACACUAACCCUAAAGUCAAAUCUCAGAAAAUCUCUUCAGAUUAAGAAGGAAUCAUACAUACUAAAAUCUCAAGUUUUUGUUUAAACAAGGGUGAGAGGAUGGGAUGAGUCUGGGUUUGCUAAAGGAAUUAUUUACCCAAAAAUCAUUUAAUCUUCCUGAUGUUGUUUCUAAAGCUGCAUGACUUUCUUCCGUGGAACACAAAAGCUUUAAGGCAGAAUGUUAGUGUCAGUCACCAUUUACUUUCAUUGCAGUUUUUCCCAUAUAAUAAAAGGCUGAUAUUCUGUAUAUCAUCUCUUUUGUGUUCCAGAAAAGAAAGUAAGUCAUUUGGGUUUGGAAAAACAACACCAUGGUGAGUAAAUAGUGACAGAAUUUUCAUUUUUAGGUGAACGAUUUCUUUAAUCCUUUAAAAUAUAUAUAUAUACGCCAAAUAGCAUUCAAGCAUUGCAUACUUACUCGGUAUGAUAAAAAUGCAUGUAAGAUAAGCAUCAGUACUUUAACAAAUUAAAAACUACUGAUAAAAACUAAAAUGAGAACAGCAGGGAUGCCCUGCUGCAAGGAGAGUGACUGUCAACAUGUUACUGUCACUUGUUAAGAGGAAAUACUGUAGGGGUUGCACAACUACUGAUUUUUAAAAGUCAACUAGUCGAGCUAAUUAGACAAGUCGAAUUCGACUAGCCGUGAUGUCAUCCAUAUUUGAUUGUAGCCUGGACUACUUGUAGCUGCAGGCCAUUUCCCCUCCUCUUGCAGCCGCUUGUUUAGAUGAUUACGGGCAGACAUGGAAUCUAUCGUGCAGAAUGGGGAUGCAUUUCAUCUUGUCAUCAUACUCCAACUUGAAGCGCUUUUCUAACUGUCGCCAAAUUGUGUUCUUGAAGGAAAGAACCGCAACCAGGUCAGAACGUUGUGCUGAUGAUCAUGUUGAAAAUCACUAACUAGCGGCAGCAGGUGCCUUUUUUAAUAGUUUUGCACAGCACUGGUAUUUCUGUUAUAUUUGAAGGCCACUUUGCAUAUGUAGCAUCUGUGUCAUCUUCAUCAAAGUACAUUUGAGCCACUUCGCUUUUUCAGUGCAGAGCCAUCAGCCUCCACACCCGCUGGAAAGUGUCCGAAAUGUAGUAUGGCAGGGGAAGAGUAAUUUAUGAGUAAAGCUAUAACUGAUUCCACGAUUCAGUAAUAUUCAUCAGCAAAGCGCUACCUGAUUGGCCAGAGAAACUUAGCCCAACCCCUAAACCUAACCCUAACAAAUCAGGUAGAGCUUUCCUCACUAAAAUAAAGGAGUCUUUCCUUGCCAUCCUAUGUUUUGGAAAUCCACCACCUGCUGUAUUUCCUACAUGCACGUCUUAUAAAUCACGUGGAAAACGACUAGUCGACUUCAGACCUACAGAGUCGACUACAAUAUUUAUAAUCGACUAGUCUAUGCAACCCCUAAUAUACUGGGACAAUAAUAGAACAUGGUCAAAUAGAAUCAUAAAGCAGCCAAACAGAAUAUUCAAGGGGCGUUCACACUUUGCUGCAACAAAACAACCAGAAGUCAUUAAUUAUCAACAAGUGACAGAAAUUCUUGGCAAUGCUACAAGGAUGAGCAGAGUUCAACUUAAUGCACAGUGACAGUGAAGCUCCACUGGAUACCAUUGGAUUCUGCAGUUAAUCGCAACCAACAUUUCAGUGACUUGGCGAUCUCCAGUCACCAUUUAUACUGAAAGCGAUUAUAGGGAUAGUUCACAAAAAAUGGAAAUUCUGUCAUCAUUUACUUACAUGUCGUAAAGUUCCUUUAUGACUUUCUUUCUUCUGCGGAACACAAAAGAAGAUAUUUUGAAGCAUGUUUGAACUGUUUUUGUCUAUUCAAUGAAAGUCAUUGGGGUCGAAAACAACACUGGACCCCAUUGAGUUUCAUUGCAUGGACAAAACAAAAGUUCUUCUUUUGUGUUCCACAGAAGAAAGAAGUCCAUACAGGUUUGGAGCGAUAUGAGGGUGAGUACAUUUAUUUUGUUGUUAACUAUCCCUUUAACCGCUGUCAGUAUAAAUGGCCUUCUAGUUAAAUAAAAUCCAUCCAUUUGGAAACAUAAUCUGUGCUUAUGCCAAAUCUGAGGAAUUUUCCCCCUCCCAGCUAUCACGAUACAUGAGUCUCAUUUUAUCUCAGGAGUACAUCUGCAGAACAGGUGGAAAACCAUCAAGUCAAAAUCUCAUUAAACACUUGCACUCACAGAGGAACCACAAAGAAACAUUCUUAAGAACAGUGUUUGUUUUAUCAUUCUAAUUUUUUUAUUUAUUCCAAAAGCAUUCAUAAAUAUGCUUCCUGUAAGAAAAUCCUUUCUGUUUAUCUGCGUGAGUAGAAAUAUGUUGCUUUACAUGGCAAGAGAACUUCGUCUGAAGUUUAAAGUCUAAAUGAGAAAAAUACACUCUUCCACCACUCUUCCAGUGUGGCAAACGCUUAAAGCCUUGGGCACGUCAUAACUAAUUUAUUGAAAUCAGAAUCUGCAGCCAUUACUGUAUGUACAACCUCAGAUUGGGAUGUUUUUGAAAAUCUGCACAUACAGUACAUCUUAAUUGCUUUCUGAACCUUUAAGGAAUAUAAAGACAAAAUUGGCUCAGAUAUAGGUCUUAUGAGCAAUGUGUAGCUUAAUUCUUUGCUUCAAUAGUGCUAUGUACCAAAUCAUUUGUAAAGUUAAUACUUAACUUUCUUUUUAGAUGCUACAGAUGUCUACAUCUCAAACUUGAUGUUACUUUAUUUAUUGAAUUAUACUUAACAGUGCAAUAACUGUUUGUACCUCUCCUCUGUUCAAUAAACGUAUGUGUUACACGGUAAAAGA